GCGUACGGUCACACUUGUGUGGGAAACCACCCCCGCCACUCUUCUUCUUCACCAUCUCUGUAAACAAUUUGAAAAUUUGCAUUUAUUCGCCCAUUCGAUUUAGUUGCCAAUCAUCCGCUAAAUUGCACGACAAAAGAAGUGCUAAAUUGAGUAAUUGCAGUGGGUGCGAGCGGACGAACAAAUAGAGCAAAUACAGAGCGGACAAACAAACAACAUUUUUUUGCAAUUUGGAAGAGUGCCAAAAAAAAAAACGGCAAGAAAAACAAAAAGCGAACAUUUGAACCGCAUUACAAAGCAAAAAAGUGAAAAGAACAGCUGGCGGAUCAGGUGCGUGGAUGAAACUGAAUCAUUUGGCGUUAUUUCGGCCCUAGGUAAGCACAUAAGGUGAAAAUCCGGCCAAAAGAGAAGCCAACAACAACAGGCCGCAAUAAACCGGCAACAGCUGACAGUUAUUGCUUACGUAAGCCACUCGUAAUUACAGCCAGUUAAGCAAUUGGAUCAACUGCCAAAAUGUCGCAGGUAUCAACCCUUAUCGAUGUGGACAAGCCCCUCUUCGAUCUCAGCACCUUUGCUGGGCGCUUUCAGUACUUCGCCUGGAUGACGGAUCCCCGGACCGUAAUCCUCUCCAGCGAUCGACUGCUCGAAGCCAAAACCAUGAUUGAAAAGUACCGGAAAGGUGAUCAAUCGCCACAGGUGAAACCGGAGGAGGUCCAUUACAACAUGAAGCUGUAUAGCUCCGCAUUUCAUCCGGAUUCUGGGGAGCUGCAGAACUUUUGCGGCCGCAUGAGUUUUCAGGUGCCCGGCGGCAUGUUGAUCACCGGUGGCAUGUUGGCCUUCUAUCGCACCGUUCCGGCCGUAGUGCUAUGGCAGUUCAUCAACCAGUCCUUCAAUGCGGUGGUCAACUACACGAAUCGCAACGCCAAUUCGCCCACUAGCGUUACGCAGCUGGGCGUGGCAUAUGUAUCGGCCACAACAUCGGCCUUGAUAGCCGCCAUUGGAUGCAAAAACUAUUGGUCCAAGAAGGCGAGUCCGCUGUUCCAGAGAUUUGUGCCCUUUACGGCUGUGGCGGCGGCCAAUUUUGUGAACAUUCCGUUUAUGCGACAGAAUGAGAUACUCAAUGGCAUUGAGGUGAAAAAUGAGGAUGGAGAGAUAGUGGGCCAGAGUAGAUUGGCUGCCAUCAAGGGAAUUGGUGAGGUGGUCAUAUCCAGGAUUGCGAUGGCGGCACCUGGCAUGCUGGUUUUGCCAUUGAUUAUGGAAAGGCUAGAGAAACUGCCCGCUUACAGACGCAUCAAGUGGAUAAACGCUCCCUUCCAGACCCUCAUGGUUGGCUGUUUCCUUUGCUUCAUGGUGCCCACUGCCUGUGCUCUGUUCCCACAACAGUGUUCAUUGGACACUUCAACUAUGCGCACCUUUGAACCGGAACUUUAUCAAGAAAUCGAGAAGAAAACUCGGGGCAACGUUCCCAAACGUGUCUAUUUCAACAAGGGCCUGUAAGAUCAGCUCGAUAUUAACUCUGGAUUUUGAGGAAGACAAUAAUGUGUUAGUGGUUUCAGUUCUCGUCGUGUUUUUUGUAGCAUUUAUCGUAUCUGAUUGCGCAAUAUUUUGCGAAUGUUCCUUGUCUCUUGUCAAUUGUCGUAGUCGCUAAGCUGAAAGAAUCUCAACUCUCUGAAAAAUUAAUAUUCAGGCCUGUUUCGGUUUUCGUAAUUUUAAUUUAAAUAUUUAUAAACAUUCGUUUGUGGUUCAAUGCCAUUUCGUUUAUUAAUGCCAUCUAAAUUAAUAAUUUCAAAAGUGAAAACCCUAGCAUGGCUGUACUUAACAUUCAAGCAUGUCAUAAAUUUGGUAUUUCCAAAUAUUUCCGGUGAAGGUAUUAAAACUGUGGAUGUGCUUAUAUUGGUUUUAAAUAAACGAAAUACAUUAAAAUCAUUUAAACUGAAAUACUUGUAAAUGCCCAAAGAUAUAAUGAGAUCCUUAACUUAAACGAUAAGAACAAUGUUAAACACUCAUUUCCUGUAAACAUGCAACAAAACACAUUGAAGUAUGCUACUUAGAGCCACUUUUAGAUAACUAACUCGUUAUGUGUUUCGUUUUAGGACUAAUUUACUCAAUUUUUUUAAAUAAAUGUUUACAAACUAAAAACG